AUAAUGAGUUCAUCACUGGUUGCUUAUGAUGAUUCAGACUCCGAGACAGAAACUGAAAACACUGAAGUCCCCAAUACUUCCAGCAGACAGACAAGCCAGCCAAGUUCUUCUGGGAAUUGUGUUCAGUACUUUGCACCUGGUAGUUUGGGUACAAAAUCUACAUAUGAAAUGCAGCCUACUGAGAACACGGACUGUUCUGGCGCAAGUACUGCUUGUGAAGAUGCCUCUGAGCAUUAUGCACAGAAUAACAACACUGAUUUGACAUCUCCUUAUUGUAGGGGAGCGUACUCUGGCCAUACUGCAUUAUGCAUGUCCUACAAAAACUGUGAACAGACGUCGAGUUCUUCAACAUACUCUGGAAAUGGUGUUUCCCACAAGAGAAUACAUAAAGACAGUACUACUGCCAUAAAAGGGAUUAGACCGUAUAUCCCUAAAAGAUUGCGUCAAGAAAAUUCCAGUAUGCCUGAGAAAAAAGAAUGUGAUCAGAGAGAAAGCUCAGCUUGUGAUGUUAAGCUAGGCAUAUCAGGAGAGCAGACUUCGAGAAAGAUCUCUGAAUUAAUUAAGCCAUAUUUGGGAUCCAAAUAUAAAUUAACUGAAAUCCCCAAAAGCUUAAUAUUUCGCAUGUCUAAACACAGUGGCCCUGUCAAUGAAAUCCAGUGGUGUCCUGUACGAGAACAAAGUCACUUGCUUCUCUCGGCUUCUAUGGACAAAACAAUCAAGGUAAUGUAG